AUGAAUAUCACAGAGUAUCACCAAAACAUGACAGUUGAGUACUGCUUUCUUGACAACAACUCAUCAUGCAGAAAGGAGGUCCGAACAGGCCUUGGAAAUAUAAUUUUGUUUAUUUUUCUGUCUUGUAUCAUUAUAUGCAAUGUAUUUUUGAACUUGCUUGUGAUCUUUUCCAUCUCUCACUUCAAGCAGCUCCAUACUCCUACCAAUCUACUCAUCCUCUCUCUGGCUGUGGCCGAUCUUCUCAUGGGACUUGUUGUUAUGCCUGUGAAUACGAUGCAACUAAGAGACAGCUGUUGGUAUCCUGGUAAAAUGGCAUGUACACUUUUCCUAAUAAUCAAUUCUAUCUCAAUGUCAGCAUCUCUGUGUAAUAUGGUUUUCAUUGCAGUUGAUCGGUACAUUGCAAUCAGUGACCCUCUGCUAUAUUCCAUUAAAGUCACAGUUUGCAAAAUGUCUUUAUUCAUAAUUCUAGGCUGGUCUUGUUCUCUCUUGUAUGUCCUCAUCUAUUUGUACUUUAAUGACCAUCUCCUUCCAUCUCAGAUUAUGAGCAGAUGCCAUGGAGAGUGCAUUUUAAUUAUAAAAUCCUCCUGGGUAAUCAUUGAUCUAGUGAUUUCUUUUCUAUGUCCAUGUUCAGUUAUAGUCAUCUUGUAUUCAAUCAUUUUUACUUUGGCAAGACGUCAAGCUAAAGCUGUGAGAUCCAUCUUGAAUGCUACCUCAAACAGACACAGAGACAAAGUUUCUAAGUCUUCUAAUUCUAAAGCAGGAAAAACACUGGGCAUCGUUGUUUGUGUUUAUCUUGCUACCUGGAUACCUUUUUGUUUAUGUUCUUUGUCAGUUCAAAACAUAACGUCUUUGUCACUGGUGUGGACUGUUCUUGCCUGGCUUAUAUCCAUCAAUUCCUCUGUCAAUCCUCUAAUAUAUGCUAUAUUUUAUCCAUGGUUUAGAGCAUCAGCUAAGUACAUUGUGACUUGUAGACUGUUUAAUUUAUCAUCUUCAACAUUCCAUUCAUUUUCAAAGCAUAUUUAA